CAAAGGGAGAGGAAGAGCAGUGAACAAAGCCCAAAGACAGAAAGACUGUAGCAGUUUUUUUUUUUUCAAAUCCAACAGCUAAAAAGCUAAACAUGGGUAAGGGAGCAGUUUUAAUUCAUUUUAUCUGUUUUUCUCAACUUUUUCAAUGCAGCCCCGGGACAGGAAGUUCAAAGAGCCACUCAGAUUGGGGAGUGUACAUGAAGCACAGGAGGAUUAUCCUUGGGAGUUCUGAUCCAGAAAUACAGGGUGAAGACACAGAGCACCUGGAGACAGCUGAGGUUGUAGAACGGUAUGAGAGAGAAGAACCAGAGGAUAAAAGAUUGAGCAGAACAGAAGAGACAGAAGAAAAUUCAACUGUCCCAACCCAAGGCCUGGAACCUACCACUUCCGCCCCUGUGCUUGAUGACACAUAUACCUAUAUCUUGUCCAGAUUGGCAGAUGUUGAUGCAGCAAUGCACCGUCUUAAUGUCGCCCAAUACACUCUGGAUGUGAAGACAUCUCAGUUGAUAGACAGGGUGUCUCGGUUGGCCUCGAAGGUGAGUGAGACUGAGGAGGCCAUGGACAUCAUCUCACGGAUCAACCAAGAAAACCGCAAGGAGAUUGGACGACUGGAAGGUUGCAUGAAAGGCCGUCAGUUAGGGCAUAAAUGUUUCCUGGUUUUCCGCUCAUACGAGACCUUCAGUGAAGCUGGGAAACGGUGCAAGGAGAGAGGUGGCAGGAUGGCCAUGCCCAGAGACAGGAAAGAACAGGAAGCACUGGGAGAGUACACUCGUGGGUUCUUUCAUCCCGGGAACUGGCCUGUGUGGCUGGGGAUCUCUGACCAGCGAUCAGAGGGCCUAUAUCUCUUUGAGGAUGGCUUGCGUGUCACCUUCUUCUUCUGGCGCAAGCACUUCCUCUCCAGCCAGCCAGAUGGAGGCAAGCGGGAGAAUUGUGUUGCUAUGUCCUCUGAUGAUGGUGACUGGUGGGACAAUGACUGUGAAAGACGCAUGUACUUUGUCUGUGAGUUUGACAUCUGAUGUUCCUAUAGAUCUCUUUCUAGCACUUACAUUUCCACAUAGAAGCACUCAGAAACCACAACUGUUAUGACUAUGCACUAUUAAAUAUAGUUUGGAAAAAAGAACACAAUGCUUUCUUUGAUUAAAUUGGCCCAAAAUGGUAGUAUUUUUUAAAUGAUAAUGAUCUAAGGCGACCAAAAGUUUCUAAAAAAAUUCUAAUAUAGCUGUUCAAAAACAGAACAGGUAUAAAGCCUAGUUUUAUUGUUCAAUAACCAUUAUAGAGGGAAAUACAUCACAUGUAAACUGCUACAAUUUGAAAAUAUUCUGAGUAUAAUUAUCAAUAUUUUUAUUAUAAAAUAACCACAUCUAUCACCUUUUAACUUUCUGUGACAUAACAUUUCCAUUAUGGGAUGCUCAGACAAUGCUGUAGAUCUGUAAAGCAUGUCUUUAGUAAUUAAACUCAGUUUCAACAUCAGUCAGAGUAAUUUUCAGAUUGUCAGAUGUAAUGGGUAUUUUAUGAGGAUGCAUUGUUUAUUAUUAUUAAUGUAUAUUAUAAAAUAUUUUGUAUGUCAAAAUCAUUGUGCAACUUGUAGCAAUCCACAAAUACUAUUUUAGUCAUAAAUGUGAUCUUUAUCAAUGUGGACAUACAGUAUCAAUGACAAUUAAAGAAACUGUUCAAAGUUU